CCGCCAGUGCCUGGAGUCUCCUCCCGUUGGGUUGGUGCUGCCAUGAGGCGCUGAGAGCGGCGGUAGGAAGGGAAGAAGAAGCCAGAUAGCUACCGGCGGAAGAGCCGGAGACGAUCGCGCCUCGCCUCACGCUUCCGUCCCGUUCGGAGCGGCCGAGACCAUGUAAAUCGAGAGCGGCUUGAGCCCGAAGAGCAGCCCCCGGAGAAGGGGGAAGCGCCGUAGCCGGCCUGGGAAGGCCCCGCCGUGCGCGCGCGCGAGCGAGCGCGUGUUUUGGUGGGGGGGAACAUGGCGACGUCUAAUCUGUUAAAGCCGUGCAAUACCUUGGACCCUCGUCUCAAAGCAAAGAUGGAUGCUGCUGAACUGAGGAAGCGCCUGGAUGAUUUGAAACGAAAUAAAGGUACACUUCAGUUUGAAGACAAAUGGGAUUUCAUGCGCCCCAUUGUUCUGAAACUUUUACGUCAGGAAUCUGUCACAAAACAACAGUGGUUUGAUCUAUUUUCGGACGUGCAUGGAGUUUGUUUGUGGGAUGACAAAGGCCCAGCAAAAAUACACCAGGCUUUGAAAGAAGACAUCCUUGAUUUUAUUAAACAAGCACAAGCAAGAGUGCUGAGCCACCAAGACGAUACUGCGUUACUGAAAGCCUAUAUUGUAGAGUGGCGUAAAUUCUUCACGCAAUGUGAUAUCUUACCCAAGCCAUUUUGUCAGUUAGAGAUUACUCUCAUGGGGAAACAAGGCAGCAAUAAGAAAUCCAAUGUAGAAGACAGUAUUGUACGUAAGCUCAUGUUAGAUACUUGGAAUGAGUCCAUAUUUUCAAAUAUAAAGACUCGUCUCCAGGACAGUGCAAUGAAGCUGGUCCAUGCUGAACGGCUAGGGGAAGCAUUUGACUCUCAACUUGUCAUUGGUGUUAGAGAAUCUUACGUUAAUCUGUGUUCCAAUCCUGACGAUAAACUCCAGAUUUAUCGGGAUAAUUUUGAAAAAGCGUACCUUGAUUCAACAGAGAGAUUUUAUAGAACUCAAGCCCCUUCAUAUUUGCAGCAAAAUGGUGUACAGAAUUAUAUGAAAUAUGCAGACGCUAAACUAAAGGAAGAAGAAAAGAGAGCACUACGGUAUUUAGAAACCAGGCGUGAAUGUAACUCUGUGGAAGCGCUUAUGGAAUGCUGUGUGAAUGCUCUGGUGACAUCUUUUAAGGAGACAAUUUUAGCGGAAUGUCAAGGCAUGAUCAAACGAAACGAAACAGAAAAGUUGCAUUUAAUGUUUUCAUUGAUGGAUAAAGUUCCUAAUGGAAUAGAGCCUAUGUUAAAAGAUUUGGAAGAACAUAUUGUUAGUGCUGGAUUAGCAGAUAUGGUAGCGGCUGCUGAAACUAUUACUACUGAUUCUGAAAAGUAUGUAGAACAAUUGCUUACAUUAUUUAAUCGAUUUAGCAAGCUGGUUAAAGAAGCUUUUCAAGAUGACCCAAGAUUUCUUACUGCCAGAGAUAAGGCAUAUAAAGCAGUUGUUAAUGAUGCUACCAUAUUUAAACUUGAAUUACCAUUGAAACAGAAGGGCGUUGGAUUGAAAACACAGCCAGAGUCCAAGUGCCCGGAACUACUUGCUAAUUAUUGUGACAUGUUGUUAAGAAAAACACCGCUAAGCAAAAAACUAACCUCUGAAGAAAUAGAAGCAAAGCUUAAAGAAGUGUUAUUGGUACUCAAGUAUGUACAGAACAAAGAUGUUUUCAUGAGAUAUCACAAAGCUCACUUAACGAGACGUCUUAUAUUGGAUAUAUCAGCGGACAGUGAAAUAGAAGAGAACAUGGUGGAAUGGCUGAGAGAAGUAGGAAUGCCGGCAGAUUAUGUAAAUAAGCUUGCAAGAAUGUUCCAGGAUAUCAAAGUAUCUGAAGAUUUGAACCAGGCUUUCAAGGAAAUGCACAAAAAUAAUAAACUCGCACUACCAGCUGAUUCUGUGAAUAUCAAAAUUUUAAAUGCUGGGGCUUGGUCAAGAAGUUCUGAAAAGGUUUUUGUAUCGUUGCCCACGGAAUUGGAAGACCUCAUUCCUGAGGUUGAAGAGUUCUACAAAAAGAACCACAGUGGCAGGAAGCUUCACUGGCAUCACCUUAUGUCCAAUGGAAUUAUCACGUUUAAGAAUGAAGUUGGCCAGUAUGACUUGGAGGUAACAACAUUUCAGCUGGCUGUGCUUUUCGCAUGGAACCAAAGACCCCGAGAGAAGAUCAGCUUUGAAAAUCUUAAACUGGCAACAGAACUACCCGAUGCUGAGCUUAGGAGAACUUUGUGGUCUCUUGUAGCAUUUCCAAAGUUGAAACGUCAGGUUUUGUUAUAUGAACCUCAAGUCAAUUCACCCAAAGACUUUACAGAAGGAACCCUCUUCUCAGUGAACCAGGAGUUCAGCUUAAUAAAAAAUGCUAAAGUUCAAAAGAGAGGUAAGAUAAACCUAAUUGGUAGACUGCAGCUAACCACAGAAAGAAUGCGAGAAGAGGAAAAUGAAGGGAUAGUCCAAUUAAGAAUAUUACGAACCCAGGAGGCUAUCAUCCAAAUAAUGAAAAUGAGGAAGAAAAUUACUAACGCUCAGCUUCAGACUGAACUAGUUGAGAUAUUAAAAAACAUGUUCUUGCCACAGAAGAAAAUGAUAAAAGAGCAGAUAGAAUGGCUUAUAGAACACAAAUAUAUCAGAAGAGAUGAAUCAGAUAUCAACACUUUUAUAUACAUGGCAUAGCUUGAAGACUAUUCCUGGAAGACACCAAGAAAUGUGCAUUGAAGGUGGUUUUGGCAGACAGAACUACAAGAAAAGGGACUGAGCUGAAAAAGGACUUGACUUGCAUUACAUACUCGAAUCCCUGCCUUACCUUACCAGAGGACUUUGUUUUGCCAACCUUUUUUUGAGCUAGCAUGAUGGUAUUCCCUUCAUCUUGCACAUGUUUUUAACAGCAUGCUGUUUUUGUGGGGAAACUUUGCAUUCAUGGAGAGCCCAUUGUGAGAUUUUUUUUUAAAUUUGAUUUGCACCCACCUGGGAGAGAACAAAUUUGGGGGGUGGUGGUUAGAUGAACAGUACUUGCACAAGGAAAAACCUUCAAAUACUCAUGCACUGAGGAACUGCUGUUAGUUUUCACAUUAAAACAUAAAGCAAAUAGGACUAGAUGUAGCACUUCACACUUUGCGUUUUUGGCUAAGUAUACUGUCCUCCUUUUGAUCUCUUUUCAUGUGUAAUAUUUGAGCAAGACACAAAUACAUCACAGCUGAAGAUAUAUAUUUAUCUGUUGGCUCAAGCAAGUGCUUCAGUAUAACAACUGGAUUUUGGAUACUGAGACACAAGCGAUGUUAAACAGGAUCUAUUGAAUUUGUCACUUUUCUUUACAAAGCUUGGGUAAUCAUUUGUUUGUUGGACAGGUGGUUUGUUUCAGUCCCCUCCUUUUUUCAAAGAGGUGGUGGCUUCACCUUUAAGAACUGUGUUUCAUGGAUGGGUCUGUUUAUGGUGAAACAAAAUUAAAUAUUAAGUGUAUUUCUUUGUACAUUUAAUAUUUGUAUUCACUGUUUUAGUAUGCUUGCAUAAAUCUGAAUGCAUUAAACAUAGCCAGUGGAAAACGUCCCCAAAAUAGAAAUUAACAUUUUGACAAUCCCUAUAUAUUCCUUCCUUUGAUUAUUUAUUUGAAAAUAUCUAAUGUUACAUUUUUAAAUACAAUUCUACUCUGGAAAAAAAAAAUCAACCCAAAUGUGUGGAAGAUGACAAUUCUUUGUCCUACUAGACCAGCUCCAUAUGAAUAUGUUGACAGAUGAACACAGAUUGUAACAGGUUGUCUGACUAUUCCACCAAAAACUGCUGCUGCUGCCAACCUCUGGUGGAACGUGCCCAUUUCUUUCCCUUGAUAAAAACAUGCCUCAGACUUAAAGAAGCAAAGGAACACACAAUAAGGCUUUGGGGUAAAGUCUAUUUUACUGAGGGCAAUGAAACUGCCACAUCACAAAUUAAAAUGAAUGCUAAUGAAAGUCUCCUUCACCCUUUUCUAAGUAACUGCUGAGUUACUACUGCGUCCAGCUGUUCUGAAAUGUCUAUCAUGAGCUCAAUUCCUGUUGCUGACCACAGUACUACCAAUGCAAAAAAAGUUACCUAAUAGAUACAAGGCUAUUCAGUUUUUAUUGUUCCCUAUUGCUGCUUUUACGUAUGAGACAGCAACUCUGCAAAACUACCUUUGAAAUUGUACCAGCUCACAUUAGUAAUCUUGUCCUCUGGCAGUUAGUGGUUAUGCAUAAUAGUUCUUUCUAUUGCUGCUUAUUGGUUUAAAAGUGAGAUCGAAGCAGACUUUUAUGUGAGCAGAGUGGAUUUGGUAAGGAUAGUUGUAUUUCACAUAUAAUAGGGCUCCAAACGUUUACUGCCUGUGCACACACAGAGGCUGGUAACUGUGCCCUUUAGCAAACUUAAUAUACCGGUUCCAAAAUAUAAUGCUGUGAGAGUGGGGUGGGGGAACUAUGCGUGCUGUGAUGUGCCAGAGAACAACAAAUGUCCAUGGAUGUACAAAAGGCAGGUGAAUGAAAUAGUGCAGUGAUUAAAAAUCUCACUUUCUGUAUUUAUGUGCAUUUUCUAUUUCUUAUAGUACAGAGGAUAAUAUUUUUAAAUUGUUCACUUCAAAGUUAGCAUAGGAUUACUGAUAUUCAUCCUCAGAAUCUUAUGGAUAAGAGAUUAAAAAAAGUUUUACAUAAUUAUCAAGCACUCAAUAUAUGUUAAAGGAAAGAAAAAUAAAAUGGAUUCCCCAGAGGUCUCUUGUAUAUGCUGCAAGAAUUCCAGAACUCUGUAUUUGAUUUCUAUGUUUAGGUAAAAAUGGGUAGGAAAAAAGCAAAAGAUUUUUUUUUUUUAAAAAAAAAUGUACAUAUUUCUCAAAUACUUUGAUAUAGUGUUUUUGAACUGUAUGCUUCCCAUUAAUUCUGUCGUGGAGGGAGUAAGGCAUGAUAUUAAAUACCAAACCAGCUCUAAACUUCAUAUUUAAUUUCUUGGUAUUGUUCAAACACUAGCAGUCUGACUGUCAGAGUGGCUCCUUUUCCGUUCCUAGCACUGCAAAUACUUUUGAUGAUUGGAAUUCGCAGUCAGACUCUAAAUGGCUGCUCAUGGACUUCAUUCAUACUUUUCAGAACUCCUCUCCCUCUACCCUACUAGUCCCUUGUGCCCCCUGAAAAGAGAGGUGUCCAAUGCAGCACAAGGGGCUGCACUUCAAAGGGGAAAUUGCCAAAACCCCACGCACAUGUGGAAGCACUUUAGGAGCACACAUGGGGCUGUUUGGAUCUUGCCAAUACAUCUAUGUUGUCCAUUUACAUACGAGGAAAAUACUAAGUGCUCAUUGUGUCUCCAUCUCUUAUGAUUAUUUCACACAUAAAUUACCUACAUGUGUUUAGGACCAGGGAAAUUAUAAUGGACAACGUGCCUAUAUCAUGGUUCAGGUUCCCCCCCCCUUUUUUGUGUAUAUUGGAACAGGAUGUCAUGUAAAACACUGAAUCUGAAAAUCACACCAGCAAUUUCCUUACAGCUGCAGAAACACAUUUAGCAUCCUUUGUCAGGACACUUUCACCAAGAUGCCCUUAAGGCUAAGGUUAUCAGGAACAGAGAAAUAUACUGGACUGAAAACGUA